AUGGCCAUGGCCUUCAGGGGGCCUGAACCCUGGGUCCCUGCAUCCCUGCUGAGCCAGAGGCUGAAGACCGAGGAGAAGACACUGGACCUGGAGUUCGAGGUCUUGAGUGUGGGGUUUAAUGAGGAGGGCAGAUACGCCCUGCGGCUGUCAGCUGAGAACCCCCUGCAGGCCAGCUCUGGGGCUGGUGUGCAGCUGCAGGUAAAUGAUGGGGACCCCCUCCCCACCUGCUCUGCUGUCACCGAUGUCAUUGAGCAGCAGGACCCUGGCCAGAGCCUCACCCUCACCAGGAACAAGUUUAUCUUUACUUUGCCCAAAGGGUUCUGCAAGAACGAUGAGCAGCACGACGCGCAGCUGAGGGUGGAGGCACUGAGGCUGUGCGGGGCCUCAGGAAGUGCAGCCCAGCGCGUGGGCGAGGCCAUCUUCCCCAUCUAUCCUCGCCCAGACCAGCCCCGCAUGAACCUGUCGGCGCGGGAGCACAAGGACCUGUACCGCUACUGCGGCAGGCUGGCUCUGCUCCAGGCCAGCGCGGACCCCACGGCCCGCCACUGCGGGGGCCUGGCCUACAGCGUGGCCUUCCACGUGCACCGGGCCCCUCAGCCUCCCUCCUCCAACUGCUCUCCGGGCCCGGGCCAGCCAGAACCUGUUUCACCACGCCCAGAGCCCCAGCUGGCCAGGCUGCAGGUUGUCGAGGGCCCGGAGGACCCCCUGAACACCUCCCAGAGUGUGGAAUCUGUCAUUGGCCACCUGUCUCCCUCUAAUAAGGAGACCAUCAUGGUCACUCUCCACGGGGCCACCAACCUACCUGCCUGCAAGGAUGGCUCCGAGCCGUGGCCCUAUGUGGUAGUGAAAACCACGUCUGAGGAAGCGAAGAACGAGACCUCCAAGGCAGUCACAUCUGUGACCUCGGAGCCCACCAAAGCCCCCAUCUGGGGGGACACAGUCAAAGUGGAGAUCCAAGCUGAGAAUGCAGGGCGAGAAGAUGUAGUCCUCAAGGUGGUGGACAACAAAAAGAAAGAGGAGCUGUUGUCUUACCAAAUCCCCAUCAAGUACCUGCGUGUCUUCCACCCCUACCACUUCGAGCUGGUGAAGCCCACCCCAUCUGGGAAAGCCGACGAAGCCACUGCCAAGACCCAACUGUACGCAACAGUCGUUCGGAAGAGCAGCUUCUUCCCCCGCUACGUUGGUUGCAACCACACAGCUCUGGAGGUCUUUCUGCGAGGAGUCAACGAGCCCCUAGUCAACAACUCCAACCCCAUGGUGGUCAUUGCCCGGGUGGUUCCCAACUACAAGGAUUUUAAGGUCAGCCAGAUAAACCAGGACCUGGCCUCCCUGGGGCUGCCCAUCACCCCACUCUCCUUCCCUAUCCCAUCCGUGAUGAACUUUGAUGUUCCUCGGGUCAGCCAGAACGGGUGCCCUCAGCUGUCCAAGCCCGGGGGACCCCCAGAGCUGCCCCUGUGGAAUCAGUCCUUCCUCUUCCAAGGCCGAGAUGGAGCCACCAACUUCUCAGAAGACACAGCCCUGGUGCUGGAGUACUACUCCUCGACCUCAAUGAAAGGCAGUGAGCCAUGGACGCUCAGCAAGCCCCUGGGCAUCUCCGUGUUGCCGCUAAAGAGCCGUUUGUACCGCAAGAUGCUGACAGGGAAAGGCCUGAAUGGGCUACGCGUGGAGCGGCUCCCCAUCACCGACACCAAGCUGAAAACCAUAAAUGGUGAGGCCCCCACGGUGGAUCUCGCCUUCCAGCUGCUCUCCUCCGAGAGGCCGGAAAACUUCUUAACGCCAAACAACAGCAAGGUUCUGCCCAUCCUGGACCCCAAGAUCUUAGAUGAGAAGCUGGGUACCAUCCGCGAGUCCUGGUCCAAGGCCACAGAGAGCUCCACAAUGGACUCCAGCACAUCCUCCUCUCAGGAAGCAGAGGAAGGGCCCCCGGUGCUUAGGAUGUCCCAUGAGGCGGAGAUGAACAACUACCGGCGGGCCAUGCAGAAGAUGGCAGAGGACAUCCUGUCGCUGCGGAAACAGGCCAGCAUCCUGGAGGCAGAGAACCGUGUGCUGAGGAGCCACCUGACCCAGGAGGAGGUGGAAGAGGAGCAGGACAACCCUGACAAGUCCCAGAACCUGGCGUCCAUGAAGCAGAAACUGCUGCUGAGUGAGCUGGAUGUGACGAAACUCAGGGACAAGGUGCAGCAUUUGCAGAAUGAGCUGAUUCGAAAGAAUGACCGAGAGAAGGAGCUGCUCCUCCUGUACCAGGCUCAGCCGCCACAGGCUGCGCUGCUGCAGCGGUACCAGGAUAAGCUGCAGAAGAUGAAGAUGCUGGAGGAGACUGUGCGGCACCAGGAGAAGGUGAUCGAGAAGAUGGAGCAGGUGCUGGAGGACAAGCUGCGGGAUAGGAACGAGCCCCCGCUGAACAGGCUGCAGGGAAAGCCCAGUGUGGCCUUCCCCAAGCUCUCAGCCCCUGGCCUUCCCCCGGGGCCUACUGGAGAGAACCUACCUGCUGACAUUUACUCAGCACUCCUGGCGGAAAACUCGAGGCUGCGGGCAGAGCUGGAUAAGAGCCGCCACCAGUCGGCCCCCAUCAUUCUGCAGCAGCAGGCCCUGCCGGUGGACCCCGGGGAGUUGGGAGCAGGAGGAGACCUGGCAGAGAGGCUGUGGGAGACAGAUGACCCAGGCCACUCCAAGUGCACAGAGACCCUACCCGUGCAGGACUCUCAGGAGGAUCUCCUUGCCAACUCUUCAGACAAGUUUAACCUCCUGGCCAAGCUGGAACGAGCUCAGAGCCGGAUCCUGUCCCUAGAGAGCCAGUUAGAGGACUCAGCUCGACGCUGGGGGCGAGAGAAGCAGGACUUGGCCACAAGGCUGCAGGAGCAAGAAUAUGGCUUGGGGCACCCCUCAAACCCCAUCAUCACAGACCUGCCUAACCCCUCGACCUACUCCAAGGACCACAGGCGACCCUCAAAGCUGGACUCCUUGAUGCCCAGCUCGGAGACCAAGCUCGACACGCCCUCGAACUCCCAGAAGACCUGAGUCCCAGCAGACCUGAGUGCUGGACAGGCCCCCCUCCGUAUGCUGGGAGUCUCAUCCCGACCCCCUAAAAUGACUUUAUUAAAUGCUGUAGGUCCGUGAGCAUUCACGUCUUUCCUGGAGCAGGGCAGCCUGGGGGGCCCAGCUUCCUCCUUAAAGACCCCACUCUGGGCCUAGGCCCUCUGCUGCAGCCCUGUAGCAUCCUGCCAGUCCCAGGAGCUACCAUCUUUGGAGAGCCAAAGGCCAUAAUGGACCCAGGAAGGUGGGGAGAAGAGGCUUCCCAAAGCAGAAGCCAGGGAGACAAGCUCCUUCCUGACCUCUGGAAAAAAUGGGACCACCAGAGGCCAACUCUGUUGGAGAUGUGAGGGAGGCUUGGACUUUCCACCUGCCCCCAAAAUCUAUCAUAUCUGAAAUCUCUUCUUUCACAUUUGGUUUAUCUGUUUCUUGAGAAGGGAAAGACUUGAAGCCUGCCUGUGGCAAUCAGUUGCAUAUUAGUGUGAAAUACCCCCUGAACCAGGGCUAGACUGAGCUGGCAAUGCUGUGUCCAAAUGUACCAAGGGACAAGAAAGCAGAUGGGGCCGGGGAAAGGAGCCUCCACUGAGAGUCAAGAGGCCUGGGUUCUAGCUACAAGCGUGCUGUGUGACCUUGGGUGACUCGAGCAACUUCUCUGGGCUUCAGUUUCCCCAUCUGUCCCACGCAAAGCUUGACCUCUUUGAUGGUAAGGCCCUUUCCAGCUCUAACAUUUCUGAGGUAAAGCUGACUCAGGCCUGGAGAAGAGAAAGGAAAGCAGAAAGUCUCCAAGAGUGGACUCAGAACCUGCAGAUCCUGGUAGAAGAGGCCAAAUUGGCUGGGCGGGACCAGCUCCCCUGUCUGCCUGCAGGACUUAGACUUGGGGAGCUGAGGGCCGGGAAGCGUUGGGCACCUGGUCAGGUCAGGAGUUACGGAACUCAGAGAGGAUUCUGGGGGCCAAAAUUGGGACAGGUUUCAGGUAGUCCGAAUGAUGCACCAAAGACUCUGCCACAUUCUCCCUGCCUACUGCCUGGAGCUUGGACAAGUGGGUACAUCCCCCUGGAGCAGGAAGGCGAGGCCUGGGGAAGCCCAGAGAAGGGUCAGGUGGGGUAGAGGAAGCAUGCUGGCCUCUCGUCCCUGGGGUCAGCCACCUCACACCAACCCCUCACCCACAGGCCUCGGCCCUGGCCGUGCACGAGGCUCUGGCUGGACCUUGGCAGGAAGUCCCCAUGACCCACCCAGGAUGCAGCCAAGCAGAGCCCUGCAUGAGCCUCACCCCUGAUAGGUGGGCCUGCCCCAGGAGCCAAGAUUGGCCCACCCCUCUCAGGCCACCCUGUUCUCUCGGCAGAACCCCGCCAGGUCCUUUGUCCCUCUGCCUGCUGCCUGCUGCACAGUGGCAAUAGCCCUCCCUGCCCUGCCUCGCCCACAGCCCCAGGCAGUGGGGAGCUUCAUCCUGCUGGCUCCCAAGCUGCUGUAGGUGGGUGGGUCCCAGCAGAAAUGGCUUCAAGUGUGACUGCCUCAGGUCCCCCAUUCGUGCUCAGAUCCCACGUUGAUGCGGCGGGUCAGGGAGCAUCUCCACAGGAGUGAUGGCUACCUCAGAAGUCAAAUGGAAGUGCAGACACUUCACAUAGUUCAGCCAUUUAUUGCCAUC